UGACGGUUGCCGGAGCGUGAUUUGAUCGUAAAAUAAUAUUUUACAUUCAUUAAAAUUCUUAAUUUAUAAUUUACCCUACUCUAUCUAAAUCUCAGGUAAAUGUGACAAAAUGUUACUAGUGCCGUUUAGGUUAUUACACUAUAAAUGUACAGAGUGCUGUGAAAUUAAUUGAAACAUGUGAUUGAAUGCUCACAAAUGUUUGUUAUCGUGUCUAUAUGAGUUUAGGACUUUAAUUGGAUUCGUAACAGUGGAUAGAUAAUCGCAGAUAUGGAGACAUGCUGUUCACGGUUUACUGCAGCAGAAGGUGGUGCGAGACUGGCUGCAGUGGCUAGCAAUAAGAAUAUAAUCAUCACUGAGCAUUGCACGUUUGUAGCAACAAGGCUGCUACAUGAAGAUGCUUAUAAAAUAAGGGGAUUACUCAGUGAAGGUCGGCAACGUUCUAUAUUUCUAACUAGAGCGUCACGUAUCGCCUAUGUAGCAUAUGAACUAGGAAUCCUAACAGAUCUUGCGAUAGCUAAGUCUGCUAAUUAUGAAGAUGUGAACGACUGGAAGAUGCACUUAGAGGAGAAAGAAGUCAUAGUAUGUACAUCAAGAAUAUUAAAGUGUAUUCUAGAAGAUGGCUACCUCAAUAUGCUUAAUAUAAAUGUCUUAGUUAUAGACAGCUGUCAUUUGAUAUCAACUGAUGAUGAUUUGAAAUAUGUAAUGCGCCUAUACAAGGAAUGUACUGAAACAAAUAGGCCUAGAUUAUUAGCUCUCACAUACCCAAUAUUUACGUCCAUAAAUUAUGAUAACGCUGCAAUUAGAGAUGAAGAAAUUAACAGAGAAAAUAAGUCUGAUUUAAAACAAAUAGAAAAUAAUGAAUCAAUACAUAAUUUAGAUAACACUGUUCUUGUAAAUGAAAUCAUUGAUAUGAAAGAUAUUGAAGAUGAAACAGAUAAGAAAGGGAUAGAUACAAUAACAGAUAAAGAUGGAAACAAAAGUAACGAUUUUAAAGAAUCUGACAGUUCUAAAGUCAUAGAUAAAAGUACAGAUGAAAUAGAUAAUUCUAAUGAAAAUACCAUAGAUGAAAUAAUUAAAAGUGAAUUAAAAGAUGAAAAGAUUCCUAUUUCUGAUAUAACUGAAAAUGUAUUAGAAAUAGAAAGUUCUACAGAUUUAACGGACAGAACAAUAGCCUGUAUGAAUACAGAUAAAAAUCUUGAAAAUAUUAUAAAAGAUAAAUUAAUAAGCAAAGAGAAAGAUAAAAAAGAAAUAAGCUUAGGUGUUUAUGAGAAUUUAGAUGAUUUUGAAAUGUACGAAAAAUUGGGAUGGAAAAUUGAAGAAUUGGAAAAAGAUUUGAAUUGUGAAAUGGAUUUAGCUGAAGAUAUUGAUGGCGGGAAAAGAUUAUCAACAACAGUAUCGAAGCCAAAAGAAGUUAUCAUAGAAUACUCUAAACAAAUUUCAGUAGACAAUCUUCCAGAAGUUUAUAAAGAUUUGGAUUUAUUUAUGAGAAAGACUAUACAAGACGGAAUAGACUUUAUAAAUGAACAUAGAUAUGACCCGUCCGAGAUAUACGGUGAUGAUUUGUAUGAAGAAUUUGUCAAUAUACCAGAUCCAACUAAAGAACCUAAGGAGAUAUUUGCUCAAUUUCUAUACAUAUUGAAUGAAUUAGGUCCAUAUGCAGCUGAUAAAGCAGCAUUUUCUUUACUCGCAAAACUUGAGAAAUUAAAGAUAAAAGUACCGUAUGAAAGACAUUUUCUAUUACUUUGUAUGUGUACAACAAUACUUAUAAAAAUACGAGGAUACGCAGACUACGUAUUCUCAAAGUAUACUUCUGAUUGGGAAAAGAUAAAGUUAUUUUGUACACCAAAAGUUUUAAGAUUAGCGGAGAUAUUAGAACAAUUUAGACCACAGGAAAGUGAAAAGAUUGAUACAAAUUCUGAUAGUCCGACAAAUGAAACUAUUUGUACAAUAAGUGAAACAAAUUGUAUAUUAAAUGAAACUGGUGACAUAAGAAAUGAAACUGACUGUAAAAAUGAAAUAAAUACCACAACAAAUGAAACUGAUAAUAAAAAUGAAAUGAACACAUCAAAAACAAAGCAAAUGUUGAAUAUUAUAGAAAAUUGUGAUUUUACAACUCUCGGUAACAAAAUAGAAGAUCGAGUGAAUACAUAUGAAGCUAAUUUCAAAGAAAUAGACGUAUAUAGUGUAAGUGAUAAAAGUGAUUCUAAAGUGUUUAAAGUGGAGGAAUAUAAAAGUGUUAGGGGUAGACAGAGGGUGAGAGGUCGACCGAGGGUGUUGAAGAAUAAUACAGUAAGAAUACAACAGAAUCAAAAUCCGGAUGCAUUGUGUGGGAUUAUGUUCUUAAAGGAACCGUUGAUGGCUAAAAUCUUGUUUAUGCUUAUUGUGGAUAUAUCACGUUGUCGACCAUCUCUUAGUUAUAUAUGUGCUCAGUACUGUGCUGUAGAGGUUGCCGGAGAACUGCAAGAGUGUCAACGGCAAAGCAGAAAGCAAGAAGAUGUACUAAAGAAGUUCCGUAUGCAUGAAUGUAAUCUUUUACUAGCCACCCCCACUUUGGAAGAAGGGAUAGACUUACCCCGAUGCAACCUUGUACUGCGCUGGGACGUUCCUCCUUCGUAUCGUUCGCACGCGCUGUGUCGAGGCAGGGCUAGGGCUCCGAAGUCGUCUCUCGCACUACUAGCGGAGGCCCCACAACACAGUGAGAUGUUGUUGCACCAUCUCGCUAUAUAUAAAGAACUUGAUGAAAUAGUGACAAGGAAAUGCGGUUGCGGUGUACAAGAUGAACCUACCAGUGAAGAAGAAAGCUACGCUGAUGAUUUAACAGCUAUUGUAAAAGCUUAUACUCCAAUGGAAAGUAAAAUGACACAAAUGAACACAGAAACAGUGAUAUCACCGAAGGAUAAGAACGACGAAGGAAAUAAAGAAAUAAGACAAUCUAUUGAAGAUAAAAAGGUGAAUCUAGAGGAAUCUAGAAAUGAAAGAAGUAAUAAUACAGAUAGUGAUAAAGAUAUUGCAAAGAAUGAAAUUGAACUAGAUAGAAAUGAAACAGAAAGUGAUAGAAAUAAUGAAAUUAAUAUGAAAGAAGUUAGUACUACAGAAGUAAAACAGAAUUUUGGAAAUAAAAUUAGUGUUAAUGAUUAUAAAAAUAUUGCAGUGGAUAGUGAAGUGAAUGAAAGAACAAUUAAAAAAAGUGACUCGGAUAGUAUAGCUAGUGUAGAUUUGAGUACAGCAACAGCACUUAUUAACAGAUAUUGUGGUAAGUUACCAUCAGAUACAUUCACUCGUCUCGCCCCACAAUGGUGGAUGGAGGAGGUAUCGCUGCCAGAUAGUGAGGGAAAUAUGAAGAAAGCAUAUAUCUGCACUCUUCGGUUACCUCUCAACUGUCCUGUCAAGUAUAAUAUUGUGGGUCAUCCGAUGCCAACGCGAGUGUUAGCCAGACGAAUGGUGGCAUUACAGGCUUGUAGGAUAUUACACAAGAGCGGAGAACUUGAUAAUCAAUUGAUGCCUAUCGGUAAAGAAAACUUCAAGGCGGUAGAACUUGAAGGUACAGGGAACGGCAAUGGUAAUGGAAUAGAACCUAUAGACCCCAAUGACUCAGCGCGACCUGGAACUACGAAACGACGUCAGUAUUAUUAUAAACGGACAGCGUGCGCCUUCACUGAUUGUCAACCUGUUGUUGAUGCAACAGAUGAGGAAAUUGAAUCUGGUGAAUAUGACGCAUCCAAGAGACAUUUUAAACCAGGUGAAAAAAGAAACACCCUGUACGCUAUAGACUCUCGGCUGUGGUGUGCGUUACCGGAGCGCUACAACACGCGCGGGAGACGUCUGCACGCGCCGCAACACGCGAGACAAGCUAUAGGCAUACUGAUGGCAAGACAUAGAGCUGACAAGUUACAAAUUCCAGCAUUCCCUGUGUACACCAGAUCUGGUGAAGUUCGUGUAUCUGUGGAAUUGGCUGAAGAUGCGGACGUAAGAUUGUCACCGAGAAGAGCUCGUCUGGUUAGAAGAUUCAUGCGUUUCGUAUUUUCCGAUGUACUGAGGGUCCGAAGACGUGGUAUGAAAUUACAAAGUGAAGGAUCUACGCAUAAUAAUUAUUAUAUUGUGCCUACGAUUAAAACUAUAAAUGAAGAUGGAACCUCAAAAGUAGACAUAGAUUGGUCAUUCCUAGAACUAAUAUUUAAACAUACGGAAGAAAAGAGAAAUCUAGAAGUGGAAAAACCAAUUUUCUUCCAACAAGAAGAAGAUGAAGUGAUUGAAGAGAAGAAAGUUGAAAAUAACGGGAAAGGUAAAGACGAAAAGGUAAAGAAGAUGGAUAAUCCAUUGCUAAAAGAAGGGGAAACAUUUACUUUUGAUCCAGAGAAAUAUAAAGAAGCUGUUGUUACACCUUGGUAUAGAAAUCAAGAUCAACCUCAGUUCUUCCUCGUGGCGGAGAUAUGUUGGAACCUGACGCCCGACUCUGCGUUCCCCUCAGCCACGCACACCACCUUCAGGGACUACUACAGCACCAAGUACGGCGUCACCCUCACGCAGCCCAACCAGCCGCUGCUGGAUGUAGACCACACCAGCGCCAGGCUCAACCUGCUCACACCCAGAUACGUAAAUCGUAAAGGCGUAGCUCUGCCCGUGUCUUCUGAGAGGACUCGACGUGCGAAGAGAGAUAGACUGGAUCAGAAGCAGAUAUUGGUGCCGGAGUUGUGCCGAGUGCAUCCUUUUGCUGCUCCUCUCUGGUUCGCCACUGUGGCUCUACCUUGUGUGCUUUACAGGAUAAACGCCUUAUUAAUAGCAGAUGAGAUUCGUCGUGCUGUCGCCAUUGAUGUAGGAUUAGGUAUACCUAAAAUUGAUGACACAACUUGUCCUGGAUUUCAAUGGCCACCGUUGGACUUUGGAUGGAGUUUAUCUGAGGUUUUGAACGCAGAUUCUGAAAAAGGAGAUAAGAAGAAAGGAGAUUAUGAUGAUGAUGAUUCAAGUGAAAAAGAACAAAAGGAGUUGAAGUCCAUAGAAGAAAAGACGACAGAAGAUAAAGUAGAGAGUGAGCCAGAGGAAGUCAGAGAGAAGACUAUCAAUGAUAUAUUACAAGAGAAAGAAGAUGCUGAAAAUGGUUUCGAGAUUGGUACAUGGAGUAACGAUAUGGCGUCUUGUAUACCGGAGACAGUGGAUUUUGAUGAAUAUUUGGAACCUUUACCAUCAAAUCUUACAUUCUGUACUUCUGCGUCUGGCGGUGCUAACUGGAACUCUCCAAUAGAGAAGCCGAAACAAUAUGGCGCUUCGAGAACAUUCUCUGUAGCUGAUAGUGAUUGUUCAUAUAUGUCUAGUGAUUUUGAUACAGAUGAUUCAGAUAUGAACUCAGAGGGAAGUGAUGAGGAGACAGAUGCGAGUGGAUUCUGCAGUAGUAAGAAUUCUAAUGCGGCGAUGGGUGUCCGUAUAGAGUACAAGACGGCUCACGAGGCGGAGGCUGUGGAUGUGGAGCGUGUACGUCGUGGACCUCCUCCACCACAGACAUGCGCACAAGAUGACCUGCAAGACAUGCACACACACAGGAAAUGUCUCAAAGAUGCACAUCCUCCAAUACAGUACAUUGAAAAAUUUCGUGAAUCAGUGAAACAACAUGAAAAAUAUAUAAUUGACAAUGAAUUUCUUAUAAAUAAAGAUAAACCGAUUGUUAAUUUAUUAAUCGAUACAUCGAAAGAUAUCGAGAAGAAAACAACGAAAUCGAUUAAAAAUAUCGAUAUUUCAGAAAUGUUUCCAUACAAAAAUGAUGAUAUAGCAUUUGAAAAUGGUCAAAUUACUAUCGACAGUAUAGAAAAGAACAAACGUCGUCUUCUAGAAGGAUUAAAGGAGAGUUUACAUCUAGAAGAUAUAAAGAAGAUGAAUUGUUUCUCAAUGAAAGAUGUAAAUAUAGAUUCUUCUGAUUACGUUAAUGAGAAAUUAGUUAACGUUGGUUUUGAUAGUAAAGACAAUUAUAAACAGAAAAUUGAUAAAUGGAAACUAAAUGAUUUAAAACCUUAUUAUCAAGAUGUUAAGGUUCAAAAUGGCUUUGAUUUUGAUUAUCAACCGGAAUUAGAUGGACAUCCGGGACCGAGUCCUAGUGUUAUUUUACAGGCAUUAACAAUGUCUAAUGCAAAUGAUGGCAUCAAUUUGGAACGUUUAGAGACGAUAGGUGACAGCUUUUUGAAGUUUGCGAUAACUGCGUACUUGUAUUGUGCACAUCCGACUGUACAUGAAGGGAAGUUGAGUCAUAUGAGAAGUAAACAGGUAUCAAAUUUGAAUCUGUACCGUCUCGGUCGCGGUAAGAGAUUGGGUGCUCGUAUGACAGCGUCGAAGUUCGAACCUCAUGACAACUGGUUACCGCCGUGUCAUCGCGCACCCCCCACAUUACAUCACAAACAGACGGAAGGUCAGGAGCAGUCAAUGGGUGAAGGUGCAAUUGAUAAUGCUGGUUGUUUUAUACCUUACAACUUGAUAACACAACAUAGUAUACCGGAUAAAUCAAUAGCGGAUUGUGUAGAAGCACUAAUUGGUGCUUAUUUACUCGAAUGUGGACCUCGCGGUGCUCUGCUGUUCAUGUCGUGGCUCGGCAUACGAGUACUACCCCGACAUGAUAUACAGAUAGAUGAUAACCAUCCUUAUGUUGUAGGACAUAAGGAUGAUAACGCUCCGACUGUUGUUGAGAAAUCACCAUCACCACCGACCAAACGUCAACAGCGUACAUCAGAAUCUGACUCAGACUUUGAUGAUGAUGAUGAGAUAGGUGAUCAUAUACAAUUAGAAGUAGGUCCUGACGACUGGAGCUGGCCGGGACGAGCUGUGGGUUCUCUCAAACCUUAUAAAAAGAAUGGAGUCUGGUAUCAGCCUAUCUUUGGAGAACUAAGAGCUCCGCCAUCACCACUUUUGAGAUAUAUAGAAGAUCCUGAAGGUGAAUUGGAACAGAUGCUCUCUGGUUACGAAGCUUUAGAGCGGACUUUACAAUAUCGUUUCAAAGAUAGAUCUCUGUUGCUGCAAGCUUUGACACAUGCGUCACAUCAGAAGAACAGGUUGACUGACUGUUAUCAACGUUUAGAGUUCUUAGGUGACGCUAUAUUAGAUUAUCUAAUAACACGACAUUUGUAUGAAGACGCGCGACGUCAUUCUCCUGGCGCUCUCACAGAUCUACGUUCAGCUUUAGUCAAUAAUACAAUAUUUGCUACUUUAGCAGCACGACAUGGCUUCCACAAAUAUUUUCGCCAUAUGUCGCCAGGUUUGAACGAAGUUUUGACGAAAUAUGUGAAAAUACAAGAAGAAAAUGGACAUUCUAUUAGUGAAGAGCAUUAUUUAAUACACGAAGACGAAAUGGAACAAGCAGAAGAUGUGGAGGUACCAAAAGCAUUGGGUGAUCUAUUCGAGUCUAUCGCGGGAGCUAUAUUUCUAGAUUCAGGUAUGUCUCUAGGCGCAGUUUGGAGAUCCUACGUGCGCCUUAUGGGCGCUGAACUGGAGGCGUUCAGUGCAGCAGCGCCCAAGUCACCUGUGAGAGAGUUACUGGAAGCUGAACCUGAUACAGCCAAAUUUGGUAAACCGGAGCGUCUCGCAGAUGGUCGUCGUGUUCGUGUGUGUGUUGAGGUGUUUGGUCGCGGCGCCUUCAAAGGUGUCGGUAGGAACUAUCGCAUCGCCAAAGGCACCGCCGCAAGAUGUGCUCUCAGACAUCUCAAGAUACAUAGAACUAGGUAGAUAAUAUAAACCAUAAACCCUUGGGGUUAAUAUCUAACUUAAAACAUUGCUAAUUCUCACUCUGUCUUCUAUUUACCUAAGU